CGAAUCUCACCCUUAGAGCCAUCUUGCCACCAUUACCUGUGCAUUUUACCUUCGAUUAAAUCACUAAAGGUUGUCAGAUCACGAGGCAUAUCCCCCUUCAAACUAAAUGUAACCCGCAAUCACCCUACGACGGAGAUAUGAAACAAUAAAUGAAAUAAAUAAUUAUUACGAAAUAUAUAGAGAGCAAAUCGCCUUGACUUGAGUUUGAGGGCGCAGGGAACAUGGCUGCUGUGGUGAGGUCACGGAUCUUCUUUUCCUGUGUUGUGCGCUUCUCCGACCGUGAAUCUAUUGCCUGAAUUGGCCAGCAAGCAGAUAAAUAUGGCUGACCCCGAAGAAUCUGCAGGAGCUGAUGAUGAUAUUGCUCUUGGUGACAUCACUGAGCAGACAAACACGUCCUGUAAUAGUGAUGCACAGCUGAUUGCCAAGACUGGGACUCUGGUAGACAAAACUCCACCAGAAAUCAGAGCGAUUUGUUGCCACCUUCUACCUCCACGACACCAUCUCGCAGACAUACACCCUCAUCACACAGAUCCAGAAGUUUUACUCGAGUCAUUCCGCAAGGAAUGGCAGAGGGAACUGAAGGAGUGUGGGGGCAGAGGUCCUCACCAGGCCUUGGCAAGGCCAUCUCCCACAGGAGGGCCUGCCACAGGACCCCCAGUAAGAUCUCCAGCGGCACAUAAGCCCCCAAGACCACAGAAGCCUGUCACCCCAGUCCAUGGAAACUCUGGGCUCCUGCAAGGAACACUUAGCAAAGUUGAAGGAGGAGGAGGAGAAGGAGGGAGUAGUGGAGAGGUUGAGGGAAGUGAGGUCAGUGUUAGUGAGAAGAACAACAGCAGUGAAACUGGUAACAAUUUGAGCAAUAGCAAUAUGGGAAAUAGUGAUGACACAAGCACUUUGAAUGCUACUGAAGGUCCAAAAGAAGACACCAGGUCAGAUGUAGAGAUUAAGGCUACAGAACUGUUCAACAAAGCAGUUGAGCUUGAGCAGAGUGGAUGUUUGUAUGAAGCCAUCCAGUUCUACAGGCGAGCCAUGACGCUUGUGCCUGACAUAGAGUUUAGGGCACACCGCCACAACAUGCUAGAGAGGCCAGAAGGCAUCCGUUGCAUUUGCUCUGAAGCUGAGGGAGAAGAGAAUGGUAAUGAAGAUGUUUUGGAUGAAGAAGACCUGCAAGAUCUCACUGCUCGCUUCCAGUUGCUUAUGGCUCCAGCACAGGCUAUGUGUUCCCCGCAGUUUGAGCAAGAGGCCCCACACAUUUCGUGCCUGCCGCCAGAAAUGUUAGACCGCAUAAUGAGAUGGGUUGUUGGUAAUGACUUGGACAUUCGCUCCCUGGAGCAAGUUUCUCGUGUGUGUCACGGAUUCUACCUUGUAGCUAGGAAUCCUGAGAUCUGGCACAGAGCUUGUGUCAAGAUCUGGGGAAUCAACACAGGCACCCCAGGAGUGUAUGGAUCUUGGAGGCAGAUGUUCAUACACAGGCCUCAUCCACGGUUCAACGGUUGUUACAUCUCUCGGACAACCUAUUUCCGUUGUGGUGCAAGUAACUUUCGGGAUGCAAGCUAUCAGCCCUGGCAUGUGGUCCAAUACUAUCGAUAUGUAAGGUUCUUUCCUGAUGGAUCUCUCUCUCUUCUCUCUCUCUCUCUCAAACCAUUUCUUAUGCAGGUUGUGAAAGGCAUGUACCGUUUCCAUGGACCAAAUGUAUCUCUGGUGUUGAAGCGGCAGUCUCGGGAGAUGAGCAACCGCAGAAAGGGCCGGAGGCAUCUGGGAGGAACCACUGAUGUUGCAGAAACCACCUUCCAGAUUGAGUUUGAAAUAAGACCCGUCAAACAGAGGCCUCACUGGCAGCUUGUAUGGCGCAACUAUACAAUAACAUCAACGUUCUAUGAUGGUAAACAGAACACGUCACAAAUUGAGGUUAAUGAUACCAACAAUUUCCCACCUUUAGCCUUCUCACGUGUAAAGAGCUAUACCAUGGAGAGUGAAAAGCCUCUCAUGUAAAGUGGAUUUGAAAAUUGAUGAAAAGUUGGUUUUCUAUUCUUAAAGGAUUCAUAUUCUGGUGUAGAAAGUCAUAAAGUUAUGGGAUUUUAACCAAUAAGCAAUAGUUGUCAAGUGGUUUUGAAGAAAAUGUGAGAAUGAGGAGGAUCUUUGUUUGAGAAUAAAACAAUAUUUCUCAUUUUUAAAAGAAAAAUAUGGGUUUUCAUUCUAAAGAAAAGAAUGGUAUUCAAACAUGCAUGCUCAUACGCAUGCACACGCACGCACACACAUGUACAUGUGCACGCACCUUCAUACACGCAACACGCGCACACACACACCACACACGCACACACACGCGCACA